UUAAACGAUCUUCUAAAACUGCUAAUCCAAAGAAAUGCCAACAAUUAACUAUGCAAACAAGUAAUAAAAAACCAUACAAGUUACCAGAAGCUGAUUUGACAAAUAUAGAAAAAGAAAACACUCAUGAAUUGUCAAUGACAUUAAUGGAAAAAUUGGAGAACGUGAAUUAG